UUUUGAGCUGCUAUCAGGAAAUAAAAAUUUGCUCGUCAAACUGUAUUUUUCUUUUCUUAAAUAAUAAAAAUUGAUUUUAUUAGCUUUACAUGAAUGAAUAGCUGAAUAGUUUAAGUUAAAUAGUCAAUUUUAGUAAAUGUGUUAAUAAUUUUUAAAAGAGUGCAUUUAUUCUACUAAGUCUAUAUACGUGGUAAAAAUGUCCAUAAAUCAAAAUAACAAAAUUUUAAACAAGUGAGAACAGGCUAGAGCAGGAAAUAUCAACAAAGAAAUUAAGUCAUUGAUUUUGUGCACAUAUUUUAUUGCUAAGUAGCUUGCAGAAACGGAAUUCUCUCAAUUGAUCGCAUUCUGUGUACAUUUAACGUGAGUGAACCACAAAUGCAGGAUGGCAUAUUUAACUCCGGAAUCUGAAUCUUCACCGACAACUGAUCUCUCAUGGACACAAUUAAUAACGGAGCGACAAAAGCCGACUAUAGUUAGGAUAGAAGAAAAACCCAAAGAAAUAAAUCCUGAAGAAGUGCAAUUAAAUGGAAAUACGACUGAAAAUGGACGAAGGCCUCCACGUGAGCGGCGAGAAUCAAUUUUAGGAAAAUUUAAUAGGCAUUUAAGGAUGUCUUUAAAGGCAGUUUCAGAGUCACCAGGACCUCUGACUAGGUAUAGACAGACGAGAUUUUCAUCUAGAAGAGUACGAAAGCGAGUAAUAUUUAAGCAUGGAGAUGUUAAUGUCGUUCAAGGAAAUGUAGCUAAAAGACGUAGACGAUAUUUGCAGGAUAUAUUUACUACAUUAGUUGAUAUUCAAUGGCGUUGGACAAUACUAGUUUUCGCAAUGAAUUUUAUUUUAUCAUGGCUGUUUUUGGGCGUUGUGUGGUAUUUAAUUGCAUAUGCACACGGUGACAUUGAAUUUUUUAAUAAGUCUGAAGAGGAGCAAGAAGCAUAUCAGAAGAGUCUUAAUAUAUCCUCAUACACACCUUGUGUCACCCAAAUUCAUUCUUUUCUCUCAGCUUUUCUGUUCUCAUUAGAAACACAGCAUACCAUUGGUUACGGCCAUAGGUAUGUAACUGAGCAAUGUCCAGAAGCCAUUUUUAUGCUUUGUCUACAAAGUAUUAUGGGAGUAUUUAUUCAAGCUUUUAUGGUGGGCGUCGUAUUCGCUAAAUUAUCACGCCCCAAAAAGCGUGCUCAAACUUUAUUGUUCUCACGGAAUGCUGUUAUUUGCCACCGAGAUGGCGUGCCAUGUCUCAUGUUUAGAGUUGGUGAUAUGAGAAAGAGUCACAUUAUUGAAGCUCAUGUUCGUGCACAAAUAAUCAGACGAAAGGUAACGAAAGAAGGAGAGCUAUUACCAUUUUUCCAACAAGAGUUAUUAGUUGGUGCCGAUGGCUCGGAUGAUCGUCUCAUGUUUAUAUGGCCGACAUUAAUUGUACAUAGGAUAGAUGAAGAAAGUCCACUAUAUAAUUUAUCAGCUCAAGAUAUGCUAAAAGAACGUUUUGAGAUCGUAACGAUGCUCGAGGGUGUUGUUGAAUCGACAGGAAUGACAACGCAAGCGCGUAGCUCUUAUCUACCAUCAGAAAUUCUAUGGGGUCAUCGAUUCGAAUCAGUCGUUUCAUUUAAACGUGAAACAGGCGAAUAUGAAGUCGAUUACACUCUAUUUAAUAAUACGUAUGAGGUCGACACGCCAUUAUGUUCGGCAAAGGAAUUAACUGAAAUGAGAGCUGAGAGUCAGUCGCAAGGUGAAGCAGAUCAAAAUAAUUCAGCAUUUAAUAUUCAUCAUAUUCCAUCAUCAGUUUCUUUAGAAACGCCGAGUGAAAGAUCAGCAUCGAUUGAGCCGUCGAAUCACGAGCUAAAGAGCUGUCUAACUCUGAAUCUUCCAAAUGGUAACUUACCGAAUUCACGUAAGACAUCAUUCUCAUCAAUGCCAGCAACGAUUGUAACAAUACCUGAUGAUCACGAGCCUUUAACUAUACCGUCCCAAACGCAACAAGAGCCUCAAUCAAGUAGUAGAAAAUUAAGUAAAUUGUCUAUAAUAGAUCCAAUAGAUUCCAUUUGCUGACGAUAUGAUGAUCUGCUUGCAAUUUCUUUUGUUAAACAUUUUAUACAUUUAAUACUGUUCAAAGAAGUUAUUUAAAAAAAAACAUAAUUGAUAUCAAUAUUGUACAUAGGCAAAGAAACAUGAUAGAUAAGGUGAUUAUAUUUUAAAGUAAUAAAAAAAAACUGGAAAUUAUCCUAUUAUAUUUUAUAUAGAGC